CAACAAUUUGCGCCUUAAGACCAGGGCAAGGCGACAAAAACCGUGAUUGGCCCUGGACGUCCGCCAAUAGGUUGCGCUCCGUUGUCAUUGGCGCUGCGGCGGUGGCGGCGGCGGCGGCGGAGACCGAGCUCCUGGGAAGCGCCCAGAAGAGGAGAGGGGCAGCAUUUCUCUGGGAAAGCGGCGGCCGUGCCCGCCCGUCUCCGCACUUGCCGCUGCAACUUUGCCGUCCGCUGCGGGGAGGAUGAGGAGGGGGGCGCGCCGGCAUUUCCUGCCCGCCACCUGCCGGGAAGCUCGGCUGCAGCUCUUGCUACCGCCCCUGCUGCUCGCCACCUUGCUGUGCUGUGGCGCGCGCUGCUCCUCAGAUAACAAUGUCUUCACCAUCCGCCAUGAAAAAACCAACAAGUGCAUCCAAGUUAAAAACCAGCAGAUAACAACGGGAGACUGCCAAGGAGCAGAAGAGACCUUAUGGACAUGGGUCUCCCAGCAUCGCCUUUUUAACUUGGGGUCCCAAAAGUGCCUUGGACUAGAAACUGCCAAAUCCCAGAAUCCCUUGAAAGUGGUGGAUUGUGACUCAGAUCUUUCACUGUGGUGGCGCUGUGACGAUGCCUCAAUAUCAUCUGCAUCUGAGAACAAGCUGACUUUAAAGAAUGGAAUUGUGACAGCAAGCAUAAACUCUUCUGAUACCUGGAGAAGAAGCAAUUCCAGUGAUACUAUUUGUAAACUCCCUUAUCGCAAGGUUUAUACGAAGGAUGGAAAUGCCUAUGGAAAGCCUUGUGAAUUCCCUUUCCUAUUUAAUGGAACCUGGCAUCAUGAUUGCACCCGCAAUGAAAUGUUUACAGAUGGUGAAUGGUGUUCUACAACCUACAAUUUUGAUCAAGAUAAAGAAUGGGGUGUCUGCUUAAAGCCAGAGGAUGGUUGUCAAAAUGCAUGGGAACAUGAUGCAGAUUCUGGAAAUUGCUACCAGUUAAACACACAGGCUGCCCUUACUUGGAAAGAAGCAUAUGUCUCAUGCCAGAGUCAAGGUGGAGAUUUGCUGAGCAUCGCCAGUGCAUCCGAGUUAAGCCGUAUUCAAGCAAAAGAAGGCAUCGCACAGAGAUUCUGGAUUGGAUUAAACCAGCUGGAUAUUUCUGGAGGCUGGCAGUGGUCGGAUCAUACACCAUUGAAUUUCCUCAGCUGGAGUCAAGAGAUUCAGAAUUCAUCUCCACUAGAUGGAUCUGGCUGUGUAGCUAUGGAAGCCAACGAAGGUACCUGGAUGAGUUAUCCUUGUGAGAAUAAACUUCCUUACGUUUGCAAGAAGCCAUUCAACAAUACCCAGUCAGAGUUUGCAGCAGUUGAGCAGUAUGUGGAGAACCAGUGUGAACCUGAUUGGCAUUCCCACAAUGGAUUUUGCUAUAUGCUAAUGAGCGGCACUGCUUCCUGGGAAGAUGCACAUCGGCUUUGCAAUGCAAGCAAUAGCAACCUUAUCAGCAUACACUCCAUAGCAGAUGUUGAGAUAGUGGUUACAAAGCUUCAUAAUGACACUGCAGACAGAGUGUGGAUUGGCUUCAUAAACGAGGAUGUUCCAGCUUUGUUUAAAUGGUCUGAUGGUUCCAAAGUAGUGUUUACUUACUGGGAUCAGGGUGAGCCGAAACUUCUCUCCAAUAACACUCCCAACUGUGUAUCCUAUUCAGGAAAGCUGGGUCGGUGGAAUGUCCUGCCUUGUGACAAUAAACUUAAAUACGUCUGCAUGAAAAAUGGAAAGAUCUUGAAUGAAUCAAAAGCUGAUAAAAGUUGUCCUAAUGAGGAAUGGAAGAGGCAUGGAGACUUUUGUUACCAGGUUCAGAAAAGUGAAAAAUUGUUUGGGGAACUGUGCAACCUCACUAUAACAAACAGAUUUGAACAAGAAUUCAUAAACAAUUUGAUUAGAAAGCAUAGCAGAGUUGAAGAAAAGUACUUCUGGACUGGCUUGCACGAUAUCAGCUCUUCAGGAGAGUAUAAAUGGGGAACCAUAGAAGGGAAGAAUGAAAUGCUCACGUACACAAACUGGGGUCAUUUUCAACCAGCAUUGCGUGGAGGAUGCGUGGUUAUGUCAGCAGGAAAAUACCUUGGAAAGUGGGAGGUCAAGAAUUGCAAAACAACGAAAGCUUACUCUAUUUGCAAGAUGUACAUUGGACCAAAAGUAGAACCGGAAGUAGUUCCUAAAGUUACUGACCCUUGCCCUCCAGGCUGGCACAGCGGAUCAGGUCUUGCUUGUUAUAAGUUAUUUCAUAAGGAAAGAGUGCUGAGAACCAGAACCUGGGAAGAAGCGGAGAGAUUCUGCGAGGCUCUUGGAGGACACCUUCCUAGUUUUAGCCACUUAACAGAAAUCAAGGAGCUCCAUGACAUUCUGAGAGAGACCAUAAGCGAUAGCCGUUGGGUCUGGAUUGGGCUAAAUAAGAGGAAUCCUGACUCUCUAGGAUCCUGGCAGUGGAGUGACAAUAAGCCUGUAUCUACUGUUGUUAUGCACCCUGAGUUUAAAGAUGAAUACGAUACUAGAGACUGCGCAGCUGUGAAGUUUCUAAGACUAACACGGCGAACGAUGUGGACUCUUUACUAUUCUGAAGACAGACAAGAAGAUUUCUACUUAAAGCCUUUCUACUGUGGUUCACAACUUGAAUGGGUGUGCCAGAUCGCUAAAGGUCGUACUCCAAAGACACCAGAGUGGUACAAACCAGAUGGAGAUGGACUUCAGGGACCAGUACUGAAUAUUGAUGGGUCUGAAUUUUGGUUUGUGCCAAAUAAGCACUUGAGCUUUCAAGAAGCUGCUCUGUACUGUUCUAAUAAUGGAAGUGAUUUAGCGUCUGUGGCCUCUUUCACUGCACUAACGGGAAUUCUAAACACAAUUGCAAAUUUAUCGGACGAAAGACAAAGUUGGUGGCUGAAAUACACAGCUCCUGCAAGUCGCUACCAUUCACUGUUUUCAGUAUUUUCACACUAUCAUGAACGAUACUAUAGGAAUUGUUGGCAUAUUUCUUAUCAAAGUUGGUACAGAGACAGCACUAUAAGCUGCAGUACAAAACUCCCCUUCAUCUGUGAGAAAUAUAAUGCAUCGCUAUUGGAGAAGCACGACCCUGGUUAUAAACCAACUCGCAGGAAGUGUCGCGAAAAUUGGCUUGUUUUUAUGGAUAAGUGUUACUACAUGGUACCCCCUAAAGAUGUUAAGUUUCAGAAGGCAGACGAAUAUUGUCAAAGUUUGGGAGGUUUCCUUCCAUCAAUCACAAGCCAAACUGAACAAGAUUUUAUAACGUCCUUGCUUCCUGGUAAGCCCCCAAAUAUUUGGAUUGGUUUGCACUUUGAUAUACGUGCACGUGAAAACAAAUGGACAGAUGGCAGUGAAUUGGUAUAUUCCAACUUCCACCCAUUGCUGCAUGGAAGACUAAGGAAGAUUGAGCAUGAUUUUUUUGAUGACGAGGUGAUUAACCAGUGUGCUGUUUUGCUCAACAAUCCGAAAUCACCAUAUGCUGGAACUUGGAAUUUCACUUCCUGUGCCAGUAUUCAAACUGUGGCCAUAUGUCAGAUGAAGUCAGAUGAGGCAGAAAGCCAGACACAGCAAGUGUCUAAUGUCACUGUGAGCUAUCUAAAUGUCACUUACACCAUAAUUCUGAAGAACUUGACAUGGGAUGAUGCACAACAGGAGUGCCUGCAGAAUAAUAUGCAGCUGGUUAGCAUCACAGGACAAUACCAGCAGGCUUUUCUUGCUACGCAGGCUGCCCGUUAUUACCCACUGUGGAUUGGACUCUCCAGCAAAGAUGAUGGAAUUCAUUAUCACUGGUCUGACAGAAAGCACAUUAGCUUUAGUCAAUGGUCCAAAGAAGAUGAAGAUUUACUUGAUGAAUGCGUAUAUUUGGACGGAGAUGGACUUUGGAAAACAUCUGACUGCUAUAUGCAAAAGCCAGGAGCAAUUUGCUACCUUUCAGCAAUUGAAACUGAAAAACCCGAGGAAAAACCUGAGGACUUUAUUAAAUGCCCACACAAGAUUAAGAAUACACCAUGGGUGCCAUUUCGAAACAGUUGUUAUUCAUUCAUGAUAGCAAAAGACAGAUGGAAAGGAUUGAAGUCUGAUGAAGCCCACCAUUUAUGCAGGAUGAUGAAUAUGAAUGCCUCCCUCUUGAAUAUCCGGGAUGAAGAUGAAAAUAGUUUUGUUGUUGAGCAGCUGCAUUCUUUUAGUGGCCUUGCUCGCUGGCUGUGGUUGGGUCUGGUUUAUGACACUGAUGAUGGUAAUCUGAAGUGGGUUGAUGACACAUACCUCUCAUAUAAUAACUGGAGACUGGGGAGACCUUAUGUAAAGAAUAAUAAUUUUGUUGCUGGUAUUGGUCUCGAUGGUGUCUGGGAUAUGUACAAUUACAGUGGCAACUGGUUACCUCUGCAAUUUAGCCUACACAGCAUCCUUGUCUGUAAAAUUGAAAUGGGACCCAAAGAAUACAAACCACCACUGCCCGAGAAACUACCCCAUGGUAAUAACACGUACUGGAUCCUUCAAAAAAAGCUCAGUUGGUAUGAUGCAUGGAGAGAAUGCAAGCAAAAUGGCAGCGAUUUAGCCAGCGUACAGAGCGAAUCACAGCAAGUCUUUCUGGAAAAUAUUGUAAAAAGAGAUGGAUAUCCACUUUGGAUUGGUUUAUCCAAUCAUAAUGAAAGUGAUUCUGAUUUUGAGUGGUCUGAUGGAAGCACAUUUGACUACAAGCCCUGGGAAUAUGAGCAUUCACAUUCUCCUGGAAAUUGUUUCUCACUGGACACUAAAGGAUUUUGGAAUCGCUUGGAUUGCUCGCGUCAUGCUGAUGGUGCUAUUUGCUACUACCCUUCAAAUAAAGUACAUUCAAAGCAAGCAGAAAAUCCCACAUACUGCCCAAAAACUACUGGUAGUGCUUCACAGUGGAUACAGUAUGAACAGCAUUGCUAUGCAUUUGAUUUGGCAUUUUACAAUUUCUCUAUAUACAAUUGGAAAGAGGCUAAAGAAGUCUGCAAGAAGCUUGAUCCUUCUGCAACACUUUUGACUAUAGAAAAUGAGGAAGAAAAUAAGUUUGUGAGUGCACACUUACGAGAACAUUAUUUCAUCACUGGCAGAGUAUGGCUUGGAAUGCAAGAAAAUGCUGAAUCCUUGAAGUGGCUUGAUGGCUCAGAGAUUAAAUAUGUCAACUGGGAAAAGAGUAAAGAAAAAGCCAAUGGUAAAUGUAGCGUUUUGUUUUCAACAAAUGGUACAUGGUCCAAAACUGACUGCAAAAAUCUCCAAAGCAGAGUUGUUUGCAAAGCUCCUCAAGUCUCUAAUCAUAUAGGAGGGGCAAUAGCUGUGGCUAUUCUAAUUAUUGUCACACUUGUUGCUGGAUUGAUAUGCUUCCUGUAUAAGAAGAAACGACUGAAUUGGGGCGGAUUCUCUUCAGUACGCUACGAACGGGGGUUGUACGAAGAUGAAACGGACACAAUGUUUUCCAGAGAUGGUGACUGAGGAAUAGUUCCUUCUGGAUUGGGCUGUUUAGGCGUAAUUUUAUAGGUUUCGGUUUGGCAAACCUAUACCAAAUGUAUUCAGUAGCAGGUAAAUGCUGACCUCUGGGUUCAGUAUCUAUUUUUUAUUCAGGGUUUGACAGCAACCUUUCCCCCCACAUUUGAAAGGAGGAGGGAAAGUCUACUGUGUUUCAUCAACUGAUUUAAACUCCAAUCAGACUUUGCACUUUCCAUGGUCUUUAAGUUUUGCACAUGCACAUUGAGAUACGACCCUGAAACUGAUUUUGGACAUGCUCCGAUUUUUGGACAUGCUCUCCUAUCUGAAGUAUGAUUGAUGCCUAGAGAAUCUUUUGGAAUCGACUCACUGGAUGCAAAAUACAUAAUGUAAUAACUUGUAUCAACCAUACUCUUUUACUUAAAACCUAUUGGGGUACAGAAGGGUUGUUUUAAAAAAAGAAAGAAACUUGAAAUGUUUUUAAUGUAAACUUGAAAUGUUGACCUUUUCCAAUAAAAGUUCCAAAGAUCCCUCCCAUCUUUGGUUCAGUUCUUUAGUUAGCUUUUUAGUUACAGCAGUUAAAAGAAUAACAACAAUUUGUCAGUCUGCAUUUUGAAAACAUUUUUAACUUUAAUAAGCCAUACCAUCCCCAUACAUAUUAAUGUAAGAGGCCAAAUAGAAACCAAGGGCUAAAUGAAAGGUUCAGACCCCUAGUAUGUACUAGCCUAUAAAGAGUGGAACCUGGAGAAAGACUGUGCUUCAUGUUGAUUGUUUGACAUUUGUCUUUAUUACCUCUGCCAUAUUUUGGUACUUCUAAAGGGGUACUCAUUUUGUUCUAUACUGAUAGAGAAAAUAUAUUGAGCUAUAUGCAUUGUUAGCCCUACUUAUGUCCGUUAAUUUCUGUGGAUGUCCUCUAAGUUGGUCUUCAUUGAAUGCAACGCAUUGUUUAGCAUCUAAAAGACACGCAGACGUGUGGGGUCAAAGCACUCCCACAGUUAAAUGGGGUCGCCCACAUUUUCUUCUUCUGACUAUAGCUCCUACUGUAUAGCUCCUACUUCUAGGUGGUGUUUCCUCCCCCCAUGUCACCAAAGAGUCUUUUUUCUUGGUUCUGUGUUAUGAUGUGGUAGAAACACCUGGCUUCAUGUGAUAAGCUUCUGCACACAACCAGCUCACCAAGUGGUGACAGUUGUCACAUAGAGCAAAUCAAAGUGGCCUCAACACAGCGGCCAACCCCUAAGUGAGCUUUAGAAGAAGAAGGGUAAUUAUAAGACACAUAUCAAUUAAAAUGUAGCAUAAUAUUUGUCUCUUAGACAAAAUAAAGGGACAGCUUCUAUUCUUAUUAUAACUCCAUUAAUUUAAUAAAAAAAUAUACCAUGGAAAUAUUUAAUUCUGAUAAUACUACUGACUUAGGGAAUGCUGUCAAAGAUAAUACUAAAAAAUAAUUGGCUUACUACUCUAUUUUUAUGCUGGGGGGGGUUGGCCAAAAAAGCCCCCCAAGAAUCCCACAUAGGUAGAGGAUUCCCAUUUAAUAAACGAGACAAAAGCACUCCAUAUGCAAAUAGAAAAGAGGUGCCUUAACAGAUACAUGAAGGAAAUCUUCAUGUACGAGAGCAGGAAAUCCUUGGCUGCGUAGGGCUCUGGACUGCUUUUCCUUGGCCCAACGUCCAUUGUUCUGCAUACUAUGCAUAGAGAUAGGAGCAUGUAGCUAUUCAGUCUUGUUCUAAUUAGCAAAUUGAAAGCCACCCUAUUAGCUUUCCUUUGGACUCGUGUGUGUGUGUGUGUGUGUGUGUGUGCAUGUGAGUCCCUUUUUUCAAGAUUGUGUAACAUCGCCUAUGGUGUUAUAUAUACAAGUAGGCCUUUGUCCAACUUCACAGUUAGCUCUUCUGGACUGCUACUACUAGUCUCUUCCUGCUAUAGAUCUCUUCAGCUGGGGUAUUUCUGCAGGAUUAUUUAAAGUGUGCUACUCAUGCAUUUCUGCCCGCAAGUGUCUUUUCGGGGACAGAGGUAUAAUAAUCUUAGUACAUAAUAAGGGAGGGUGAUAGUGUGAUAUUUAAGGAAGGCCACGUAUGUAGCUCUGCACACCUUUUUUAAAAAGAAACAUCUAAGCGUUUUGGGGAGGAGAUAUUUAACUGGACACGCACUGUCUCAGAAAAUCUCCAACAAGUGCCCAACAGCAGUGAAUGUGCUAGCUUGGGUAGGCUGUGAUCUCCAAGAUACAAAAUUCUCCUCUUUUAAUACAGUGGUACCUCUACUUACGAAUAACUCUACUUACGAAUGUUUCUAUUUACGAAUUGAGCUCCGUCCACCAUCUUGGAUGCGGUUUAGAUAGAAUUUUUUCUACUUACGAAUUUUUAGAUAGGGUUGCUUCGACUUACGAAUUUUUUCUCCCAAUGCAUUCCUAUGGGAUUCGACUUACAAUUUUUUUCAACUUACAAAUGUGCAUUCGGAACGCAUUAAAUUCGUAAGUAGAGGUACCACUGUAUCUGGAAAUUGUGAUAACACAACUGCUGCUGUGUACAACAAAUGGGCAAAAAAUGGACAUUUGUUGCACACAAAAUGUUUGUGCAGAAAAGUCUUUAAUAUAGUGCCUAUAAUAGCCCAUGUGGGACUGGUGAAUCAUAGUGAUGUGUGUGUGCAUGUGGAUGUACACACACACACAGGAGAAAAAAAUGCACUUUGUCUUUUUUGGGGGGAAGCAUGAUUUAGAAUAUUUAGAUGAAUAAAAUGCCCAUAACCAAGUCCUAAAUUAGUAAUGGUGAAGAAGCUUGUUCACUAUUUAAUAAAACUUGCAUCACAACCUGUUUCUAAUGUACGCCCUGACACACAGGUCCUUGUACCAAACAGAUGACUGGUGUGGUUAUCUUUUGACAGCGCCAGUCACCUGCUUAGGUGGCAGAGAAAAGAACUGGGGGCAUAUGUAUUGAGACGUAUGUAUCUCCCAGCGCAGGGCAUACUCCAUCAAGUACUCUUUUGCAUGUGCAGUAGUAACCAGGGUUUGGGGCAAUUUCCACUAAAUAAGUGUGCUCAGCAUUACUGAAUUUAUGACUAUUUGCACUUGUGGGCUUCUUUAUUGAUGUGAAUCUAAAAAUGGAAAGUUUAUUUUAAAUAUAUUAUCAGGGCUAUUCAGUGAUGCAAGAUGUAGAUAAAUAUGCACAAAAGAUUCCAGUGUUUCUAUGAAGUGUUUAUUUGUAUAAUAUUCUGAUAGAAACUUUUAAAAUUAUGUUUUUAAUUGUGUGUGCCGGGUUUUUUUCUGGGAUAUCUAUUCUGCGAUAUUGUGGGAAAUAUCAUGAUGUGAAUGAAUGCAAAUGCCUUAAUAUAUCUGUAUUGAGAGUUCGCAACAAAACCUACUUGUGGGUCAUGGCCUUAGAAAUAGUAGAUUUAGUAGAAAGCUUCAAUGGUGAUUAGAUUUGUACUUGUGAGAUAAUUUAAGCUGAUUUCAGUGCUUUUCACCUGAUUAAAAUGUUUAAAAUGUUUUUGUACUCUUCAGUAUUUAAAAAACCACCCACAAACAUCAAAGUUAAUAAAGAUUUAAAAAGUAAUCUUGUUCUGAGGUGUCUUCUGUACUUUUUUUUCAUUAGCAGGUGAAUACAGUCAAAACAAUUACUUGACUUGCAAGGAAGUUGUGUGCCUGUUUAGUCUUCCACUUCUCCCAUACAGUCGUACCUUGGAAGUCGAA